CAGGGUUUUUUCACACUUUUGUAAACAACAUGGCGACCCACGGACUGGCCCCGAGAGCCGUCUGAUUAAAACACUACGCUGCGGACAGAAACUCACUGUUUGACGCGUCGCCAGCGUUGCGGGCUCGGAGUUGUUGGUUUGGGAAACUGCCAAGUUCGCAGCGAGAGGACAAAGAGCUGGAGGGACGAGCUGUCAAGAACACUGUUACACGGCGCUCCUCAGUCUAUGGGCUCUCAGUCCAGUUCUGGGAUGUCUGGUGGAAGGGGAUCUUCCAGUGGCAACCCAGCAGAUCAGUCUGAAACAACAGAACCAAACCAGAGCAGCAGCAGCAGCAGCAGCAGCCGAGGCCGCAGGACGGCUGACAGGCAGCAGGGAGACAGGCAGUCAGCAUCAGAGGAGGACGUCGACUUGGCAGAAGUGCUGGCUUACCUACUGAGGAGGGGCCAGGUCAGACUGGUCCAUGGCAGUGGAGCCACGGGGCUGCAGCUGGUCCAGUCAUACUCUGACUCUGAUGAGGACAGCGAUGGAGCCUGGGAGGGACGGCUGGGUGACCGCUACAAUCCACCAGUGGAUUCCCAGCCAGACACACACGAAGUGGACCGAAGUGAGAUCCGAACUCAGAUCCUGUUGGCCACCGCCUCCUCCGCCUUGAAGAGCCGCCACAGUUUCACCCACAUGCUGAGAGAGAGGGAACAAGGCAGAUGUAGAGGCUCCAGUUUUUCCCAUGGAGAGUGCAGUCGUAUCCGCACACAUUUCCUGCCAAACUAUGUAUCCCACAAGGAUACAUACCAGCAGAAAGCCUUCUGUGGAGUGUACAGCGAGGAUGGCAACAUGUUCCUCUCAGCCUGCCAAGACCAGAACAUCCGCUUGUACGACACCACCAGAGGACGCUUCCACCUGCGGCGAACGGUAAAAGCCCGCGACGUGGGCUGGAGCGUUCUGGACGUCUGCUUCACCCCUGACACCCAACACGUGCUCUACUCCAGCUGGUCUGACUACAUUCAUUUGUGCAGUGUAGAUGGAGACAGUGAAAACCACACCGCCCUGGACCUCAAUCCAGAUGAGAGGAGGUUUUGUGUGUUCUCCCUGGCUGCGUCCACGGAUGGCAAAGAGAUCCUGGGAGGAGCAAACGAUGGCUGCCUGUACGUUUUUGAUCUGGAGCAGAAUAAGCGAACGUUGAAGAUUGAUGCCCACGAGGACGAUGUGAAUGCGGUGGCGUUCGCCGACGGCUCGUCCCAGCUGCUCUUCUCUGGCAGCGACGACGCACUGUGCAAGGUGUGGGACAGACGGACGCUGCGGGAGGACAGACCGCAGCCUGUCGGACAGCUGGCCGGCCACCGAGACGGCAUCACCUUCAUCCACAGCAAGGGCGAUGCGCGCUAUCUGAUCAGCAACUCAAAGGACCAGUCCAUCAAGCUCUGGGACGUGAGGAAGUUCUCACCCAAAGAGGGACUGGCAGCUUCCCGCCAGGCCGUCACCCAACAAAACUGGGAUUACCGCUGGCAGCAGGUUCCCCAGAGAGCCCUGAAGAGACACAAGCUGACAGGCGACACCUCGGUCAUGACCUACCGGGGUCACGGCGUCCUACACACCCUCAUCCGCUGCCGCUUCUCCCCGGAGUUCAGCACCGGGCAGAGAUUCAUCUACUCUGGCUGUUCUACUGGCAAAAUCAUCACCUAUGACGUACUGACGGGCACGGUGGUGUCCAGGCUGUCGGGCCACGACGCAUGUGUGAGGGACGUCAGCUGGCACCCGUACGAGGACAACAUCAUCAGCAGCUCUUGGGAUGGAGCGGUGCGCAUGUGGGAACACAGACAGACCCAUCCUCUAGAGGAGGAGAGAGACUGACAAAAGCUGAAACGCAGUAAGAGAAGAAGGGAGACAAAGCAAAAGAAGAGGAGGAAGUGAUGUCACCACAGACGGGGCGAGGACGAUGACCGUUGCCAGAGGAAGCCAGUAAGCUCAGAGGGACUCGGAGACACUUAAAUAUCUUUUAAAUUCAAUGCUGGAUGUUAAUGAUUACAAUUAUAGCGUGGCUGUGAGGUGUUCACUUGGAAGCAGAUUAGAACACACUGGGACAGCCACGGCCUGCUUCUGUUUUUGUUUUAUUUUUUUCCUCACUGUCUUGCGCCGAAUAAACAGGCCAAGGCUUUUGAAUCUGGCCUUAAACCCAAAAUGUGCUGAGGCUCAAAGCGCUAAGCACUGCACUUUGUGAGCUAUAGAAAAUUUAAUAAGUCUGUUAUAUGGAAAAAAAAAAACAAAAAAAAAACAAUGUUGGACGCUUCGUUGGGAGCGGGAUGAUGAUCAUUUUUGUAUAAAUGUAUAGUAUUUUAAAUGGUAUGUGCGUUCAGGGAGUGUUUAGGUAGUUGUCAGUGUGUUGACAUGGCAUCAGUCUGCUGUUUCAAACAACUGAGCUCUUUGUCCCACAUUUAAAGGACCAGUGUGUAGGACUUAGUGACAUCUAGUGGUGAGCUGGCAGAUUACGACCAACUGAAUGCCCCUCCCUCAUUCCUCCUUUUUUCAAAGAAUGUAGCAGAAACAAGGUCCCCAUCUCUCUCUAGAGCCAAAAACCUGGCGACCACUUCUCAUGUUGAUAAUAUAAGCUAACGAAAACGCAACAAAUCGUAGUCACAGGUGAUUAUGCACAAAAUUUAAAGCUCUUAUAAUAGAUUCAUCUAUGUCUUACACACUGUGCCCGUAAUAAAGAAUAGUCCACCACUUAAUUAAAUCAUUCAGUUAAGUGGUGGAAAACUAAUUUGACCAUGUCUGUUCAAACAUGCUGUAAGUUUUAAACUUAAUGUUUCCGGUAAGGCAGUAGUCUGAGUUCUCAUAAUUGAUCUUGGAUCAGCACUAAUUUCUGUACACACAAGCCCCUAGUUAAUUAAAAAAAAGAAAAAAAAGAAAAGAAAGGCCGAUAGAAACUUGUGAUUUCUUUAAAAAAUAUUUGAAUGUGUUUGUUUUACGUUAAAGCAAAAGGAAUUUGGUGAAAGGCUCGGCUAAAAUAAACAAAAUGAACAUAUAAAUAAAACUUCCACAUUGAUCUGUAUAUGCAAUUUUCAGGUGUUUAUAUCAAAUCCAAUGUUUCACUCUCCGACCGUUGUUUUGCAGUCACAAUAAAAAAAAAAAAAGAAAAUCUUGUAAUCGAAA